UGACAUUGACAUUAUUGACGUCUGAUUCUAGAUUUCUCAUCGUAUUGUUAAACUCCAUUGCGAUUAAUUGCUACGAAAUAUCUUUCUAAAACAAACAUCUACUUCAGCUUCAAUCCGCUACCCAACCUUCGCUGGAGGCUACGCCCUGUUUUGCAUUUCCGAGUUUUCCUUUUACGUUCAACAUAGGCCUAUCAGAUACCGCCGUUAUGGACAUGAUGGUUUCAACAUUGCAACAGCAGCGGGCUGUAACAGAACAAUUAAGACGAGAAGCUGCAAUAAAACGCGUUCCCGUCUCAGUGGUUGUAUCUGACAUUGUCAAAUACAUCAACGAACAUGAACAAGAGGAUUGCUUGCUCGUUGGAUUUUCCAGUCAGAAAGUCAAUCCAUUCCGCGAGAAAAGUUCCUGCACUGUUUUGUAAAGUAAUCAACAUCAAUACUAUCUGCAAAUACAUAUAAUAUGGUCGAAGAUAUGCUUCACAUAGGUAUUAUUUCUUGAUUAUUAAACUUUAUUGUUAAGUGUAACAAUGUAGUCAAUGUAAUCUAAACUUGAAUAAAUGUAUUUAUUUAUCUCUUUUGAGCAGCAGUGUUUAUUCAAAAUGUUACUGGUUUCAUUAACACUACAUUAUUGUGUAUGUAAUUAUUACGUUACUGUUUCAUUUAUACUGUCAAGGGAAAAUAAAUGAUGUGACUCAAUA